UGUUGUGAUAAACUUAUUAAAUAGAGAAGUAAUGACAAAUUAUUAGUUCUAAAAAUUUAUUGUACAGUACACUGCUUUUUUCUCUGAGAUGAAGCAGAAAAAAGCAAAUGCCUUCAAGCAAUUCCUUCUGCUUCUAUGGAAAAAUCUGCUUCUGCAGAUUCGGAGCUGGAUUUUGUCCCUUCUCAUCAUAAUUUUGCCAGUGGCGUUCGCGGGAUUGAUGGUAGCGCUGCGCACAAUUGUGGACAACGAAGUGUUCCCAGAUGCCAAGACAUACGACCCCUUUCCAGUGCUGCCCUGGGACAACUACUUUCAACUGGACAUUCCCUCCUUUGAGAAUGGGACAGCAAUGGCAGACAACUUCACCGUGUUCUAUUAUCCUUCUAACACACUCAUUGACGCUGUGAUGCAACAGUCUCAGUCAGUCAUCAACAAAGUGGGAUUUGUUAGCAUUGCGGACGAGUCUGAGCUGGCGGACAGAUUUGACCUUCUGCGAUCUCAAGUGUGGAAGACGAGCACCUACCUCGGAAUGGUCGAGUUUGAAGCAUUGGACGAUGACAAUGCGGGCGUUGCUUGGCCAACUGACAAUUCGAUGCCACCUCAUCUGAAAAUGAACAUUCGCUUGAGCUACACUAGACGUGUUGACAAGUAUGGUUUGUCGGGCGCAGUUCUGGACGACGACAGACAGAGAUUCAACAACUGGCGCACUGGCGAGGAGUACGAUGCGAGGGCAUUCGGUCACAGACAAGACGACUCCAAGUUCGCCCCAAUACCUCCAGGUUAUUUCGAGGAAGGAUUUCUCUCUCUGCAACUGGCUCUGAAUCUCGGGAUCCUGUUGCACCUCGGAGGCACCUGGGACUCCUCUACUUCUGAAAUCCACAUGAACCGCAUUCCCUACCCUCCCUACUCGCUGAACACAUUCAACCUAUUUUUGAACACGCUGCUACCUUUCGUGUUUGUGAUUUCAAUGAUCUCUCUGGUUCUUCUGGUCGUGAAACAACUGGUUUUGGAGAAAGAGAGACGUCUGAAAGAGUCGAUGAAAAUGAUGGGUUUGAGACCGUGGUUGCACAACGUGGCUUGGAUGUUCCAUUUCGGAGUGAUCUUCUUGGUGGUCUCCUUUCUCAUGACAUUCUUCCUGACUGUCAAACUAGUCGACCAGGGAGCCAUAUUCGAGUACUCCUCCUACUUCGGAGUAUUCCUCGUGUUCAUGUUCUACUCCAUUCAAGCACUAGCCUGCUGCUUUCUAUUCUCAACGCUUUUUUCAAAUGCCAAUACUGCAGCAGUGAUGACUGGAGUGAUCUGGUUCUUCACCUACUUUCCCUGGUUGUUUCUGGACCCUGGAAACCCCAAUGGGUUCUACAACACCCUGGGCGUCGGAAUCAUAAUCCUGCUCUCGUUCAUUCCCAACCUGGGAUUCUGUUUCGGAGUGCUGAUGCUUACCUCGUUGGAAAAUAGAGGUAUUGGAGUGAACAUGGACACUUUGACUGAGACGAGGACAUUCAACGACGACCUGAUGAUGGUGAACAUCUUCACCAGCCAAAUUGUGUCUGCCAUCGUGUUCAUACUCCUCACUUGGUACCUGGAGAACGUGCAUCCAGGCAUCUACGGUGUGGCCAAAUCGCCCAUUUUCUGCUUCAAACCCUCCUAUUGGUGUCCGGAUACUAUGCGCAAGAGAAGACACGUAGAGGUGGUGAGAGAAGCAGAUCACACUGAUGGAGGGAGAGACAAGGAGAACUUCGAGGAGGAUCCCGAGGGGCUGAAAGUGGGCAUCCACAUCCAGAAUCUGCACAAGAAAUACGGAAAUGGGAAGCUGGCGGUGCGUGGCGUGAAUGUGAAGAUGUUUGAAGGCCAGACAACUGCGUUUUUGGGCCACAAUGGAGCUGGCAAGACGUCCACUAUUUCCAUGCUCACAGGCCUGUACGAGCCAAGUUCGGGCGAUGCUCUGAUCAAUGGACUGUCAAUCAAGAAAGACAUGGAGAAGAUCAGAGAGAGUCUGGGCAUCUGUCCUCAACAUGACGUGCUCUAUGACAACCUGACAGUGGAGGAACACCUGCGCCUCUUCUGCAAACUCAAAGGAAUGGAAGGGGACUCAAUUUCAAAGGAGAUCACUAAUCUGCUGACUGACUUGAAGUUGACUGACAAGAGGAAGUCGAUGGCGAGGGAGUUGUCGGGGGGCAUGAAACGGAAGCUAAGUGUCGCUAUGGCUUUCUGCGGAGGGUCUAAGGUGGUUAUUCUGGACGAGCCCACCAGUGGCAUGGACCCCUCAGCCAGACGGGUGACGUGGGAUCUGAUCCAGAAGUACAGGAAGGGGAGGACCAUCAUCCUCACCACGCACUACAUGGACGAGGCAGACUUCUUAGGAGACAGAAUUGCCAUUAUGGCUACUGGCAAACUUGUCUGUGCCGGCACAUCCAUGUUCCUCAAGAACAGAUACGGCGUGGGCUACCACAUGGUGGCAGAGAAAGCCCCAGGCUGUGACCCCAGCAAUGUGUACUCUUUUCUGGGCAAGUACGUGCCUGGGGUGGAAAAGGAGUCUGAUGUAGGGGCUGAGCUGACCUUCCGAUUGCCCCAAGAAUCCUCUCCCAACUUCCCUACUCUGUUUGAUGAGUUGGACAACCAGAAGGCCAAAUUAGGAGUUGCCAGUUACGGAGUGUCGGUGACAACCUUGGAGGAAGUGUUCAUGCGAGUGGGCCACCUGGAUGAAGAGGCGGAAAUGGGGAAUACAGAAGGGACUGAGAAUGAGAAGCCGCCCAGCUACUCGGCCUCCAAUACUCACGAGGCAUCGCCAAGACACAACGCGGCAUUUGCGCACGAUUCAACGGACAAUAUUGUUGCCAAGGGAAACGAGGAGGAGCAUCUGCCUGCGGGCACUACCAAUGGAGGUACGAACGGGUCUAAUUCGACGGCGGUUCAAUUCAACGGACAGGAAGUUAUAGUGAUGACUUCAUUUAAAGAAGAACAGCAGUUCACGCCAGUGACUCGUAACACUGGCUUGGCUCUGUUCUGUCAGCAGAUGCAGGCUCUGCUCUACAAGCGACUCAUCAACACUUGGAGGUCGAGGGCAUUGUCCAUUGCACAGAUACUGGUCCCAGUACUGUUCACUCUUCUAGCACUCCUGUUCACGAGAAUAAUUUCUGACCAAGAAGAUAUCAAGCCCUACACGUUUGACCUGGCCGUGUUCGAUGACAACAUUAUCACUCUGUACGAUCCUAACAAUGAUUUCCCUGCCUUGAAACAGAAGUACAUAGACUCACUAGGAGCGUGGAAUACGUUUGCGAGAGAUGCCCCGGACGCGGCAGAAAAUAUUACGACAUAUUUCGGAGAGAGUGGAAGGGAUCAAGUGGACGAAUUCAACCAGAAAUAUAUCGUGGGAGCCUCUUUCGAAGACAUUUCUGGCGUGGGCGUGUUCACAGCAUGGUUCAACGGUCAACCAUUCCAUUCGGCGCCUCUGUCGUUGCAGAUGCUGAUGAAUGCUGUGAUCAGAGACAGGGCCACUGGCACUGUGCCCAAGAUAACUGCGGUGAAUGCCCCCCUGCCCAAGACGGAGGAGGAGUUGGAAGAGGCGGCCGAUGAGCCGACUGCAGAUGCGUUUCUGCUGUCUUUCUACAUGGCUGGCAUGGGACUGGGCUUCCUCAUGGGCAGUUUCGUCGUGUUCCUCGUCAGGGAGAAGGCCGCCAGAUCCAAACACAUACAGAUGGUGAGUGGCGUGAACACUAUCACCUACUGGCUGUCAACUCUGUUGUGGGACUUCUGCAACUACCUGGUCACUGUCCUCCUCCUACUACUACUCAUUGUCGCAUUCCAACUGGAGGGCUGGUGUGACGAAAUGGCAGGACAUUUCAUUCUGAUUCUGCUGCUGUAUGCGUGGGCCAUGCUGCCCAUGAUGUAUCUACUGUCCAAGCCCAGCUCAGUGCCAGCCAAUGGAUUCCUCGUUCUAGCACUCAUCAACAUCGUCGGAACUAUCGGUUUUGCGAUUGCGUACUACAUUCUGAAGGCGCUGGAGAGUUCAGGCGAGGGCAUAGUGAUGUUCCUCUGUCUGUUCUUCCCUCAGAGCUCCAUCGCGUGUGCACUCAUAGACGCCAACUCAGUCUACACCAGGAAUAAAGGCGCCAGGGAGCUAGGUUUGCCGGAAGAGUUCACGUACUUUGAGUUCGAAGAAGGAAUCAGCUAUUACAUCAUCUGUUUCAUCAUAGAUGGCUUUGUCUACUGGUUCAUUCUGCUUCUAAUCGAAUACGGACUGUUCAGUUUCAUUUUCACCAGACUGUUCGGAUCGGGCCAGCAAUCCAGCGCCGAGAAUGACCUGAGAGUGAGCAACUGUUUCACCAACGAUCCAGAUGUAAUAGAAGAAAAAGCGAGAUUGAUCCGAGGUGGUGGCCACUCUGAAAAAGACGUCAUGGUCAUCAAGGGAAUUGAGAAGACAUACAGAGGAAUGUGUGGAGGCGUUCAGCACAAGGCCGUCCAUGGACUCUAUGCUGGAGUCGGAAAGGGGGAGUGUUUCGGACUGCUGGGGGUCAAUGGAGCGGGAAAGAGUACCACUUUCAACAUGUUGACUGGAGAUCUGCUCAUAGACUCCGGGUCUGCUUUCAUUGAGGGUAUAAAUGUGGCUACCAACGUCACUGCUGCUCGCAAAUUGAUGGGCUACUGUCCUCAGUUUGACGCCCUGCUUGAUAACCUGACAGGGGAGGAGACACUGUACAUGUAUGGGAGGAUCAGAGGCAUCCCCAGUGACAAGAUGGAGAUAGUUACCAGGGAACUCAUGGAGGCACUCCAAUUGACUGUAUAUGCCAAGCAACAAGUCGGAACUUACAGUGGUGGCAACAAGCGCAAGAUGAGCACGGCCAUUGCCCUGAUUGGCUCGCCCCCUCUGGUGUUUCUGGAUGAGCCUUCUAGUGGCAUGGAUCCAGUGACCAGGAGGAAGCUGUGGAAUGUCCUGUCCAGAGUGAGGGAGAACGGACAGUCUCUGGUCAUCACGUCUCACAGUAUGGAGGAGUGUGAGGCGCUGUGUACUCGCAUGACCAUAAUGGUCAAUGGACAGUUCCAGUGUCUGGGGGGUCUGCAGAGACUCAAGUCCAAAUAUGGAAGUGGAUUCACACUCAUCUGCAAGACAAGGUCGCCCGACAAGUCAGAAGGAGGAGGGGCUUCUGCUGCCCCCACUGGGGAAGACACUGUGGACAAUGGAGUGCAGGGAGGGCCAGAGGUCAAUAUGGAUGCGCGGCGAUUAAAGGAGCACAUCGAAAAGGAAUUUCAAGGUUGCAUUCUGAAAGAUGCACACACAACAGGCACAGUAGGCUACUUGCACUACGAGCUAAAUGGACAAACGUACAAAUGGUCACAACUGUUCUCGACUAUAGAGAAGGCAAAGCCAAUGUUCAACAUAUCAGACUACAUCAUAUCACAAACUACCCUCGAGCAGAUAUUCCUCAACUUCGCCAGGUCACAGACUGCAUAACAGGCUAACUAGUCAGAAGGGAAACGAAUCAUCAUUUGGUGGUGGGUACUACAUCAGCAUGGGUGGCAAUUUUGAGCAAAUCUUACAUAUCGACGAUUGCAUUAAUUAAAUAACUAAAGUUUCUAUCCGAUGAAGUAUGACAAAUAUUAUAAAAUUCAGGAUAAAUUCAGGCACGGUAAAUUUAGGCGUGCCGCCUAUGCUAAUAUAUUGCCUAUUCCAGAGCCAUUUGUAAGCAUGCAAACACUUGCGUUACAAGAAUUAAGAAGAAAGCUGAAAAUCUAAUUUAAGCAGCUGCAAAACUGUGUAGUUCUAUCGCUUACCUCUUAUCUACACCAUCUAUCGUGACCUAAUUUUAAAGAACUCUAAAAGAGUAUUCAAAUAUGAACUCUAAUUUAAUUCCGAUUGAUCAAAAUAUAUUGCGAGUAAUUCGAAAAUAAAGAAGAAGAAAUUGGCUGAUUUUGGUUUCGCA